UAUGUCGUUGUACUUUGUAGUUUCCCAUUCAUACACAUGAAGAGAGGCAGAGAGUAUGGAGAUGAUCAGGUAGGGAGCAUAGAGAUGGCCAACUGCUUGAUGCUUCUAUCCAAAGUUGGCCAAAUUGACGUAGCCAAAAACCCACGUACACGUGCUUUUGUCUGCAAGACAUGCGACCGGCAGUUCCCGUCGUUCCAAGCCCUGGGAGGGCACCGGGCGAGCCACAAGAAGCCGAGGCUGAUUGCCGGGGACCUAUUCCACCACACGCCGACCUCGCCGGCGAAGCCAAAGACGCACGAGUGCUCCGUAUGCGGGCUCGAGUUCGCCAUCGGACAAGCGCUCGGGGGCCACAUGAGGAGGCACAGGGCUGUCAUGACCGAAGGCUUGCUGAUUGAUCAUCGGCGUUCUGUGCAGGCCAUGCCGGUGAUGAAGAAAUCGAGUAGUAAAAGGGUGUUGUGCUUGGAUUUGAAUUUGGUGCCGGUGGAGAAUGAUCUCAGGUUGUGUAGUUGGUGAGGAAUGAGGAUGGGAUAGAUUGAUUUGUAUUCUUACUUUAGUUUGGAGUUUCUCUCAGAUAUUUUUUUUUAUUCCUAUUCAUAUGGAAUAUUAAAUGGGAGGUUCGUUCAAAUUCAAGAGGAUUGUGGGGAUUGAGGACUUGUGCAGCAGGUGGGGGCUAGCUAGACGAUAGAAUUCUGAUUUGAUUUGUUUAGACUGUCUGUAUCUAGUGUUGAAAGUUUUAGUUGAUUGACUUUGAUGAUUGUUCUUAGCCUUGCUGAAUGCUGGCCCAGGUUUGCUGGGUCCUCUGAGAAGAUUGUAAAGAGUUUUUGUUCUAUCUGUUUAUAAUAGUUUCUCAUUCUUCCCAAAAAAAUAAAAUACAUGCAAUAAGGCUAUCAGCCACAGAUCGAUUGUGAGGUUCUCUUGCAGAAAAUCUGGAGUAAAAUUGAUUCA